AGGUACUGAUAUCCAUCAUAAUGUUUGUUAGAGUUUCUUUCCUGUUUCUGAUCAGUCUGGUUUUGUUCGCGGCUUUGGAGACAGCUCUUACGGAUGACAAAAACUUUAAGAAACCUGAUGCCCGGGCGAUACAGGAUGACACAAACUUUAAGAAACCGGAAGCCCGGUCAAUACCGGAUGACGCAAACUUUAAGAAACCGGAAGCCCGGUCAAUACCGGAUGACGUAAACUUUAAGAAACCUGAGGCCCGGGCAAUACAGGAUGACGCACACUUUAAGAAGCUUGAAGCCCGGACAAUACAGGAUGACGUAAACUUUAAGAAUCCAGAGGCCCGGACAAUACAGGAUGACGCAAACUUUAAGAAGCCUGAGGCCCGGACAAUACAAGAUGACGUAAACUUUAAGAAGCCUGAGGCCCGGACAAUACAGGAUGACGUAAACUUUAAGAAGCCUGAGGCCCAGACAAUACAGGAUGACGUAAACUUUAAGAAGCCUGAGGCCCGGACAAUACAUCAUUUUAAAAAGAGAUGUUGGAGGAAAGGACCAAGAAAGGUGGCCUUCACUGCAUAUUUAGGCGAUCAGAAAAUACAUCUCGCUAAGCAGGUCAUAAGAUACUCUCGUGUGACAUACAACUUAGGCAGAGGGUACAGAAAUGGCAUUUUCCGUGCCCCUUCAACUGGAGUGUACGUCUUCUACUUCACAUCCAUGCCACAACGAGGCAAAGGAGAUGCUCUUUGGUUGGUGAAAAAUAGAAGAAUGGUUGUAGAGUCUGUGUCUGGAAGGGUAUCCUCAGCCUACAACAUGGGGAGUAAUAUGGCAAUCUUGUACUUAAAACGAGGCUCCAAGGUUUGGGUCCAAACUUCCCCGAAAUGGACAUCCAAAAAAACAUACAGAUAUAAGUACUCAGCCAAUUCAUUUUCUGGCUUUCGUCUGUAUUAGUCAGCAGUCUGAGAGAAGGCUUGUGCAAAAUGGAUAGAAAAAUAGAUUACUUUUGAAAAAUAAAUCAUUUUGACACCAAAUU